CUCCACUCGGGCGCAAAUCCUCGCAGAUCACCGUCAAGUGUCGAAGUGGAGUGAUUGUGCCUCGAGUUUACCACUGCUCAGUUAGGAUGUACCGACUUGAGACUGGACAAAUCUUGGCAGCUGUUUGCUGCAUGUCUUUGCUUCCGCAACUGCUGUACCGAUCCGUAGCGGAUGCACAGUACCAACCUGGGGACGAAACCUGCGAGACACUGCCUUCGGAGAUUCAUCUAAUUAAAGAGGAGUACGAUGAGCUGGGUCGUCUGUACAGGACCUGCAACGGGGACGUAACCGUGAACAAGUGCGAGGGCAAGUGCAACAGCCAGGUGCAACCGUCGGUCAUCACCGCCACCGGAUUCCUCAAAGAGUGCUACUGCUGUCGGGAAUCGUUCCUCCGGGAGCGCCAACUGCAGCUGACUCACUGCUACGAUCCGGACGGUGUCCGGAUGAACGAGCACGAUUCCGGCACCAUGGAGAUUCGCCUCAAGGAACCGAUCGACUGCAAGUGCUACAAGUGCGGCGAUUUGGUUCGCUAGAGUGGAAUAUUGAGAUGUGAUCGAUACUUGGAAGUGCGAAAUAUCCGCACAACUAAAAACAAAAAGAUGGCCCUUUUUCAAUUUGGUGAUUGUCGUUUAUUGUCGUCCGUCAGUGCCCGCCGCAAUCGUGUUGAUUGAGAUGGUUUUGUUCCUAUGAUUAGUGUAAGUGACCUCCGAAAUAUAUAUAUAUGGAUAUUGUUGAAAUCAGUUCUUGAUACUGCGGAAAAUAAAAAAACUAAUGCUGCGAUAUAAAAGUGUGACUAGACCAUAAUUUAGAAUCAAUUUUCUGGAGAACUUCAAGAUUUGGGCGUAAUUGCUUUUGUAAUCAAACACGUCAGUCGCCGAUUUCUCGCGAAUAAAAGCUCAAUCUCGGGAUCAAAUUACACCACAUGCUAGAUGAACCAUUCCUUUACCUGUUUGUGUUGUUAAUUUUCUAGACUGAACUUUUAUUCGCGA